GUGUGAGCUCCAUCUCAGGGUUGUUGCGCGGCUUCCUCGAGGCUCUGUGCGGAAGCAGCUUCACCCCAGCGCUGGGAGGUUGGGGUUUAACCCAUAGGGAGUCCUGCCGGUUCCCUUCGGGCAGCACUGGGCUCUGAGCCCCCAUGGCUGUGCCCCCAAGUGAUGGGUGGAUCCCUGCUAUAGCUGCGUGGGAGGCGAUGCUUUGGGGUUUGCAGCUGGGUAGAGAAAUGCUCUUUGCCAUCCACCCCUGUGUGACACCAUCCCAAAGCAGGCCCCAGAAGCUCUGCCUUGCGAGGCUGCAAUCUGCACAGCAGGAGAGAGUCCUGCAGGCCAGCAGCAGCACAAGGGUGAAAUCGGGCUCUGUCAGCACGGUGAGGGGUUGAGAGCAGAGCCUGCAGCCAGUCUGUGCUGGGGGAGCCGAUGGCAAUGGGGCUCAGACAUGGCAAGGUGGGAAUUUGGUGCCUGUGGGCAGUUUGGAGAUGGCUCCCACUGACCCCAGAGUGGUCCCAGAUGACGGGGUGGAGCAGGGAGCUUGGGGCAGGUUUGGGUGCACAUGUUCUGCUUCCACCCUGCAUCCAUCAACCAGCGCUGCAGGGCUCUGUGUGCCGUGGGGUCACCAAUCCUCAGUCUCCACUGCAGGAAGUCCCAGAGCUGUCACACAGGUGGGAACGCCGGAGAGCAGGAAUUUCUCUCUGGCCGCAGCUCCCAUCAGCUGAUACUUCUGACAAAACACUUGGCUGCUCCACUCCCCCCUUGGCAGCCCCUGGGCUGCAGCUUGCAGCGCUGCCUUAGACUGCACCGAGCUCCGCUGUGCUCUGAGCCGUCCUCUCCGGCUCAGGGCCGUCCAUACGUGGGGCUCUGGGGGUGCCCCAAUGUCGGACUCGCUGCUCAACCACUCCUGGCCGUCGUUCUCCAAGCGCUGGAAGAAGCGGUGGUCCUUUAAACGAGGAUCUGACUGCAAGCCGUGCUUACGGGAGCUCGCUGACCGCAGUCCCUCUGCUUUGGAGUACCACAGCCCCAAGCGUUUCCUCCCAUCCCUGAUUGCUGAGGAUGACACCUUGUUCACCACCAUGGCCGAAGAAAAGGAGGACUCAUCUUCCACAGAGCUGGACGUCCCAGCAGCAGACUUACACAGCAGCACGGAGGAUCUCCUCUCAGACUCCGCUCUGCACGGCACAGAGUAUUACAAAGACCUGGGGCUUCUGAGCCCGCCAGCUAACAAAACAGUGCCAGAGAUGGCAGCACGGCCAGAAGCUGCCCCCCAGGCUGCAUCUGCCAUUUGCUUAUUGGAGGAGAGAUCGGGGGCUCUGGGAAAAAUGUCUGUGGAUGUUGCUUUUUCCAAUCCCAUCUCCUGCUCCAUGCGUUAUGGUGAGGCCGACUGCCACUUUCUGAACAAAGCUGCCAGCACUGCUGCAUGUCCUGCGGAGGAAGAUGAAGCUUUGGACCUCCAGGAGGCCUCAGAGUCCUUCCCCACGCUGGUGAGAUCCAUGUCUACCUCUAGGAGGCACAGCUGGGAGAGCCCCUUGUCUCCUGUGGACUGCAAGCGCAGGUUCAGCUUGGAUACCACAGAGAGAGGCAGUGAUCCAGAGCAGGAGGAGGCGGAGAAAGGGAGCGGGUCCUGCACACAGCCUCGUGUGUCCCUGCAGCUGCCCGGAGGGAAGCAGGGAGCCUGGAGCAGCAGUGAGGGCAGCAUGGUGAUCAAAGUGCAGAUAGAGCCACUGCGACCCAGCGGCACGGCCGGCCUGGGCUCAGGGGAGGCGGAACGUGUCGGUGAUGGGAAGAGACUGAGGCCACUGUCCAUCCCUUCAGCCUGCAAGGCUGCCUCCCCCCAGGCACCCUGUGGUUUCAACACUUCUCUUUCAGCCGUGGAAGGUGUUGAACCCCCUGCUCUGGAGAUGCUGGAGAAGGACCACGUGUCCCCAGACCAAGUGCUAAUAGUACAGCAGGUACUUCAGGAGCUGAAACAGUAUCAUGGGGCGAAAAAGAGAGUUUGCGUGCAAGAAGGCAGUGAUUCUUCCCAGCAGAAUCUCACCUGGUUUGAGUUCCUGUCUAAUGAAAAUGAGGACAGUGGAAAGAGUGAGAAAGCAGAGAAAGGCACAAAGGUGAUGCGACGCCUGAGUUCCCUGCGGAGCCGUGUCACCGGGUCCUGGCAGAAGGAUAAGGGUAAGAACAAAGAGCAAUCAAAAGAGAAGGAGAAAGAAACAAAGGAGCCAAAAGAGAGUUGGAAAGAGGUCAAUCGGCACCAGCUUGUGCCAGGGGUUUUCUCCAGUGGCACCAGCUGCUCGCUGUGUGCCAAACCUCUCGGGAAUAAAAGUGGUCUGCAGUGCCUGAAUUGUGCCGUGAAUGUCCAUAAGAACUGCAAGAGUUUGCUGGCUGAAUGCAGCAGCAUCAGAACCAAGCAGAAAGAUUUGCAGCACAGACCUUCUGGACCCACACAAAGUUCGUCCCAGUGCAUUUCCCCAGCCGCUUCCUUGAAGGAGCAGCCCCGCAGCCUUCUCCUGGGGCCAGAUGGCACCCCAGCACUGCCGCGGAACCUCGGCAUGACUAUCGCCCAGAGAGGAAAUUCUCCGUCUUCACUGAACACCGCAGGAGCCGUUAGCAAAUUUGGACUAAUUUCAGGAGACAUGGAUGAAGGGGAUUCAGGAUUUAUAAAGUUUAAGCAGACCUCAGAUGAUGUUGUCUCACUUGCACCUUCAACAGCAGACUGCAUUUUUCUGGAAGAUGCAUAUUCUCUAUCCCUCCGAAGUGAAAUAGAAACAGACGCUCAUGAGUUUGAGGCAGAGUCUUGGAGUGUUGCAGUGGAACAGCCUUAUGCAAAGAAGCAAAAGAAAGAAGUUGUAAAGAGGCAGGAUGUCAUUUAUGAACUAAUGCAGACUGAAAUGCACCAUGUUAGAACGCUGAAAAUAAUGCUGAAGGUGUACUCCAAAGCCAUGAAAGAGGAACUGCAGUUCUCAAAUGCAGUCAUCAACAAGCUGUUCCCCUGUGUGGAUGAGCUGCUGGAGAUGCAUGGGCAAUUCCUGCUCCAGUUAAAGGAGCGGCGAAAGGAGUCCUUGGAAGAAGGCAGUGACCGAAAUUAUAUAAUCCAGAACAUUGGAGACCUCUUGGUAAAACAGUUCUCAGGUGAAAAUGGGGAGAGAAUGAAAGAAAAAUACGGUGUGUUCUGUUCUGGACAUAAUGAAGCUGUUAGUCACUAUAAAGACCUGCUCCAAAGCCACAAGAAGUUCCAAAACUUAAUAAAGAAAAUUGGCAACUGUUCCAUUGUGAGGAGACUUGGAGUUCAGGAGUGCAUCCUUCUGGUUACGCAGCGCAUCACCAAAUACCCGGUCCUGGUGGAACGUAUUAUUCAGAACACAGAAGUGGGAACUAAGGACUAUGAAGAUCUGAUCCAUGCCCUCAAUUUAAUUAAGUAUACAAUCACUCAUGUAGAUGCCGUAGUAAAUGAGUGUGAGAAGGGGCAGCGCCUUAAAGAGAUCAUGCAUAAAAUGGAGCUAAAAUCAUCUGGGAAAUGCAAGAAUGGGCUUUUCUUCCGAAAGGAUGACAUGGGACAGAGGCGACUUCUGCUGGAUGGGAUGCUGUACUGGAAAGCUGCGUCAGGACGGCUCAAAGAUGUUCUGGCAGUCCUGCUAAAUGAUGUACUGUUGCUCUUACAAGAAAAGGACCAAAAAUAUAUGUUUGUAUCAGUGGAUUCUAAACCACCAGUUAUCUCACUGCAAAAGCUGAUUGUAAGAGAGGUGGCUAAUGAGGAAAAGGCAAUGUUCUUAAUUAGUGCUUCCUUAGAAGGACCAGAAAUGUAUGAAAUUCACACAAGCUCAAAAGAAGAGAGGAAUUCCUGGAUGGCUCACAUCCGCAGAGCUGUAGAAAGCUGUCCUGAUGAAGAAGGAGGAUCAUUUUGUGAACCUGAAUCAGAAAGGAGACUGGCUGAAGCAAGAGCGGCGAAAUUAAGAGAAUUCCAAGAGCGUUUGAACACAAAAGAUGACCUGAUUGUGCAAAGUCUAACUGAGAAACAACAAAUUUAUCAAGAAAUGUCCGAACUGUAUGGAUUUGAAGACCAUUCCCCAGGAUCCCAAUCUAGGGUGCUACUUCUGGGGGAUAUCCCAGAAAGUCUGCAAGGAGAGGCACUUCUGAAGUCUGCAGUGGUGGAAGCUGAAAAUCUCCAGAACCUUAUCUUCACUCACUUAGGAAAUGGAUCCUGUCAGUGUGAAGAGAGCUACGCAGUGGGGCUCCCCAGGAGAGCAGAGACCUUUGCAGGAUAUGACAGUCCCUCAAUUUCAAAUAAAAAUAACAGUCUUGAGAAGAACACUGGUAGUGACCAGAGACAGUGGGACUGUAGAGGCCCUGCAGGAAGUUUAGAUGUGCAGCUCCCAGACCCCCCGUUUGAUGCAGAAGAAGGAUCUCAAACUAGCAAUACAACGAGGCAGGAUGACAGCAGUGGUGUUCAGCCCACCGUAGAGUCUCAGCUUGUCCAGAGGAUACAAACGCUGCUGCAGUUGCUCUUCAGUCUUCAGGCAGUGAUAUCUCAACAGGACAGCUACAUUGAGCUGCAGCGAGCCACAAUGGUAGACAGGGAGAAGCAGUACCGGCUGCAGUCUACACGUGGCAACCUGCUGCUAGAGCAAGAGAAACAGCGUAACUUUGAGAAACAGAGAGAAGAACUGAUGCAUGUCCAAAAACUUCAGAGCCAGCUGAAGCUGGAGCAGCAGCGCUGGGAGCGAGAGAGGAGUCAGCAGCGGAGGGAACUGGAAAUCUCGGAAGCCCAUCUGCAGAGGCGUGAGGAGGAGACGCGGCAACUGAAAGAGAAGUUGAUUCAGGAUAGAGAAGAACUGGAGAGGCAACGUGAGGCCUAUCAGCAUGACCUGGAGAGGCUGCGGGAAGCUCAGAGAGCAGUUGAGAAGGAGAGAGAACGUCUAGAUCAGCUAAGGAAGCUGAAAAAGCAGAACACGGUGUCGGGCACCUUCUCCCCAGAACUGGGACAAAACCCGAUGCAAAGCCAUUCUGUUAGCUUCAAUGGAGAAGGAGGAGAACCAUCUCCGCCGGUCUUGAAAGCCUCUGCACGUGUGAGUGUCUCUGGGAUGGAUUACUUGGAGCGCUCAGAGCUGGGUCGCAGGGACAGCACUGCCCUGGAGAGCCGCCCAGUCCUUGCUCUGAAGAAUGAAGUGCCAAUCCACCUCCUGAGUGCAACUAACCAGAUACAGAAACCCGCUGCUGUUCAGCAGCAGAUCCCUACUAAGCUUGCCACUUUUACAAAAGGAAGCAAAGAGAAAAGUGGGAAGAACAAAGCAUCUCAUAGGACAGACAGCUCAGCAUCUGUUGACCAGAAGCAGCUGAUUCCCCCCAGGCUUGUCAGCCGAGAGGAGGGCGUCCUCAGGGGCAGACGAUCAGCAAGUCCAGUCCUCACGAGCAGCCAGACCACUGCAUUCCAGACAGAAAUACAUGGCUCUGCAGAUGGUCAGCCAGAAGCACUUUCUUCUGCCUCUCCAAACCUGUUCAAACCCAAUAACGCUCACGCUCAGACCCUGGUGACCUCACAGCCAGCUCUUUUAAACAUGCAAGAUGAUACCAGCAAAGAAGAUGUAAUUUUUUUCUAGCUGUUUCCAUUUAAAGAUUACUCUUCUCACAUACUGUUUCAAGAACUCAGGCUCCGGUGUUCAAUGUGACAGAGACUUGACAUGGGUGUCUUCUUAUUCCUGCCUCGUUCAUACUAGCAAGGACCAGCCCAGGAUUGUAGUUUUGCUUUGCUGGCUUCUUUGCCAGCAGCUCAAAAUGAGGGCACAAUGGUAUUGAUUUGCUUUUAAAUUCUCAGACCAUGGAAAUGUGUUGAUGCGUGGCAUGGGUAUGUAAAUUCAGAGCAUGUUAAAAUGCUGCCAUUUACUGCAAUUUGCUCUCUUUGGUGUAUUUACACUCUUUGUGAGCACCAUCUUGUAAAUUGUUGUAGUUGAUGUUGAAUCUUUCAGAUCUGUAUGUAAAAAUUUUAAUUGUAAGCCUCCGGAUGGCUGAGAUUUUUUUAAAAAUCCAUAUUCACAGGUGCAAGGUUGCUCUCGUGGGUUAUGCUAACUCUCUGUUAAGUAACUGACUAGCAAAGCAGUCUCUGUAGAGCCACACAUGGUAAACAUUGUGAUACCAACUCACAGGAGCCAGACUGGCAUCCGUUUCUUUACUUGACUCAGUGGAGUUACACACUCAGUGGUAGAAAAGGCAAGGUAAGCUUCUGAACAGCCUUCAAGGUUCAAGAGCUCCACCUGCUUACGGAUGAGGAGAGCUGAAGCUGUGAGAAUAUACAGCAGUAUGAAGAGUUGGACUAAAAGCACAUUUGUUUGGCCAUCAGCUUGUGCCAGGAUGAUCCUUGCGGACAUCGAGCAGCUCUCCAUGUUAGUGAGGGCAGUACAGAUUCCUCAGCAAAACUAUGAAUUGGUUCAGAAGGAACUACAGAGAUGUGUUCCUUGCUGGAAGGUGUGUAAGAAGUGUUUGAAUGCAGUAAUUAUUGUUUUGUUUCAUCCCAAGUCUUCUGCAUCUUUUAUUUGUCUGCUGAAUCCCUUGGACUUUACUCCAAAUACCAUAAGAUAACAAAGCUGCUGUUACUGCAGAGAUUUCUCUGCAGCAGUUUAAGAAAUGAAGGGAAUAUGAACUGUUUGGGUUUCAAAAAAGAAAAAGUGCUAUUAGCUGAACCUCUGGUUUGGCUGCUUACAGCUAAACCAGCUUUGAUACCUCUUGUAAAAUGGGUCAGUUGUUAAUCAUGGAAUGAUGGCGUUAACAGAGCCCUGCUCAAAAGGCAUUACUUCUUUGUAGUUUGCACAGUCAUUUGUUGUGUUCUGUCACUUUACUCUGCAUCUCAGUUCUUUAUUACUUGCAUUACCUGAGGACACUUGUUCCAACGUGUUGGAUGUGAACCAGUCAGAUGUAUUGCACACAGGAGAAACUGUUUAGAGGGGUUUAGUGCAGGAUUACAGAAAUUGGUCUCAGAGCCUAAAAACACAGGUUGAUCUCUUCCAGAACGUGAUUGACACUUCUUGCUAAGUGAUGCUAGUAAAAACCUGAAGGCACUGAGUUCAGAGUCACGGUGUCACCUGUGAGAGGAAACUCAGAAUAACCUACAUGUCACCAGAGUGCUGAUGCCCCCACUGCCCCAGCUAAUUGUUCCUGUUAACGAGGACAUGCCUUGCAUUGGUACUGAAGAGGUGCUUGGUGAGAGCUGAGCCUUGCACAGCUUCGCACAUUAUUGAUGUUGGAUUUGCAGAAAACUGUGGGCAACGUAAUCAUCCUUUCAUUGUUGUAAUGCUGUGUUGGUGGUUAAAACAUAUUUCUGCGUUGUUUUUGCAUUCCUGAAAACCUGGGUUGAAAUAGUGGGAAUAUCUUAAAAUCAGUGUAACCUCUCAUUGAUUCAGCAGCUCUGCAGGAGAGAUUCUUCAGCUGGAGGAUGCAGAGGCUGCCAUCAUCUCUGGUACCCGUGUAAUUUCUUCUGUAAACACACAGCAAAGCAGCAGGAAUGUGCAGUAUGUUCCCUCCGUGCUGUGGUUUGGGCCACUCCUAAGGAAAACCCCCAUUGCCCUAAAUUAGCAGUUUUAUUGGAGCCUUAACCUAAAGCUGAGUUGGAUCAGUGGACAAAACCACCUCAGCUGAGGAGGGAGGCCUCUGUUUAGCAAUUUAAAAACAAUUUUUAGAAACGUGUAUUUGGUUUAAUUUUGUGCCUGUCCGAAUGUAUGGCAGAGAGCUCUGUGGAUCUAAGAGAUCUGUUUGGAAACUUUUCUCCUUCCUCCAUGCAGUGAAUUAAGUCAGGUUUGGACAGUGCAAUCUGGGAAACAAAAUCUGCAGUGAGAUCGCAUUUACUUCAAUAUGUUAUGACUGAAAUAAAACUAUCUGAACGUUGUCAGCAGUGCUGCAGCUGAGUUACAGCUCUUAAAUGAACACCUGACCCUGCCAGGCUGGCCUGUUGGUUCAGCUCCUUGGGAUAUUGGUCUUCAGUCUGUACCAAACCUGAAGGUGAUCUCUGUUCCCUGGCUGCAGUACACGUCUGGCUGCAGUUAGUUUUAUGAAAGCCACACUCACCACAAACAGAGAUUGAUUGCAUCGCCUCAAAAUCAUUCACGUGCCAUACGAGGGGUUCGUGUGACUUCCUGUACAGCACCCAGCACGGAGGUGUCAGCAUCUCAUUGCUGGUGUGGAGAGCACUGUACCACAGCAUGGUGGAAUCAUCUGUAAAUGCUGGGGGCAGUGAGUGAAAUACUUUCUCUGAAGAAUGGGGCACGGCUUCACUUCUGCAAAACUGAGUCUGUGGAACUGCUGUUACAUCCCUGCAGCUGAAUGCACCACUUUGGGAUUCCCCUCAGAUCUCGCUUGCAGAAAAAGGGUUUUUCUAAGCAGGUAACGUUGCAGAACGCUGCUGUCCCGCAGGCUGGGUGACCUGCUGCUGCUUGUGAGUAACCUCAUUUCCACUGACUGGGUUACUUCAGAUAAGAGUUUCCUUAGAAAUGACAGCAGAGCUCUGUGCUUCCUGGACGAGGCGCCCAGCAGGAGCUGCGUGCUGCCUUCCUUGUGUUGUCACAGCCCUAACAUUGCCCUGUCUGAGCACAGUGAUGUGCAAUGCAGAGACUUGGAAUGGCUUUAUUCUCGAUUUUAACCCUGGUGCAGAGGCUGCUUCCUCCUUCCCUCCAAUUUGGACAGCUGUCACUUUGUGUUUCAGACCCAGGACCCCUCCGUCCCCACUGGUACUGAGAACAUCUGUAUUGGAAACGCCUUCAAGUCUUUACCUGCACUGCCUGUAGGUUGUAGCUGUGGCAUGUCCUGCAAAUGGAGGUCACUGAUGGCUUCCCAGGGUGAGGCAGAAGAAUCCCCAUUUCCUGCAGAGCUGGGAGUAACUCAGUAAGCACGAGCCGUUCUGCCUGUGUGAGCAUCGCUCAGCUGAGCUGAAUGCACGGCACUGAGCGCCUGCUGUGCUCAUUUUCAGUGAAGGCAGAAACUCAGGCUGGGGAGGUGCCAGGCACACCGUUGGCUUUGCUUCUGCUUCCACUCCUACAGAAGAGCUGCAGCUCCGCAGUGCUGUCGCUGUGCUGCGUCCCCAUGCUGGGGGGUGGGAGCAGUUUUGUUGCCUUGCCCAGCAGUGCUCACAUUGAUGCAGGGAAGGAUGCAGGGUUCCACACCUGCUGUUCCUGCUGAACUCACUGUGUCUGUUGGUGCUGUGUUCUGUGCUCUGAUUUGGAGAGGACCCCCCUUCCUUCCAAGGCCGGACCAACACCUUUGCAAGCUCGUGGUGCUGCUCUGCAGCUCUGCCUUGUGCCACGUUUAUAAAUCAGCUGUUUGGUAUUUUUGUACUGAGAGAAAUUGGAGCACUUUAGGAAAGCUUUUCGGACCCCGUUCUGUUUGUAGGUGGGAGGAGAUGCGGGGGGCAGUGGGUCCUGGUGGCACCGCUGUGUGCCUCGCUCGGGGCUGUGAGUUCCCCGGUGCUGUUCAGUUUAGCUCUGGUUCCUGGGCCCACCUUGCACUGAAAGCAUUGAAUAAACCAUCGCAGUUCGUGGUCAAUCGGCCGUUUGGUUGGGAUGUAAACUUUGUAAAUAGUUCAUUCA